AUAAUUUUAUGGAACAAAUUAAUGCAGUCAGUGGAAGCCUUUGCUUCAUGGCCGUACAAAGAACAAAAAAAUAAUACCGGAGAAACUCCAUUCCAAGUGUUCGCUAGAGAACACAAGGAUUUAUUAAAGGAAGCUGAAGAAUGGAUGAAGAAAACGGCAGAAUCUUCUACGGUCGUAGGUGCACUCAUCAUAACUAUUAUGUUUGCCGCGGCUUUUACUGUUCCUGGCGGGAAUGAUCAAAAUACUGGCUUUCCCAUAUUUUUGAACUCAACGGAAGAAUCUUCUCCACUGGUACCUUACACGGUAUUUAUGGUAUCAGAUGCAAUUUCUCUUUUUACUGCAGCUGGUUCAGUGUUGAUGUUUUUGGGGAUCCUCACUUCACGUUAUGCUUAUCAAGAUUUUCGAAUAUCCUUACCCCUUAAGUUGAUUGUUGGUUUGUGUUCACUCUUCGUCUCCAUUGCAACAAUGGCAGUGGCAUUUUGUGCUUCUCUUUUUAUUAUGUUAAAAGGUCGACUGGUGUUCUUCAUUCUAAUAACUGUGCUUGCUGGCAUUGCUUGUGUCAUUCUCUUUAUGUUGGUGCAGUUUCAACUUGUUUUUGAGAUUUAUUCUUCGACCUGUAGAUCACACAUCUUCGGUGCGUCCUUUGCAAGUAUACUAGGAAAAUAUGUCAAGUCGCGGUUAUUUAUAAGUAGACUGUUCAUAAGAAGGCCGAGAGAUAAUUAGUUAAGGUUAUGUAUAUAUAUGUUUUUUAUUUUGCCAUAACUCAAGUGGUUUGGAGGAUUGUAAUAUUCUAUACAUGUUGUAGUUACAAUGAAUAUCUGGUCGAUGCACAUUGUUUCCGUACUUUAUAAUUCU